AUGCUUCCCAUAUACGCUUUGCAGGGCCACCGCCUUGCUUCGGUGAUCUUCGGUGCCAUCGACAUGUCCCUUUCGCACGAAGUGAAGGUGCAGCUGCAGUCCUUUCUGGAGGAAGCUGCCGACGGAGAGAAAAUGGUUAAAGUGGUUGAAGCCACCUUGGACUUGCUCAGGAAGAACCACCUGCUGUCGACCAUGAAGCUGGAGCCCAAGCUGGUGGGGGUUCACCCCAGUAACCGAGACGGUUACGGGGUGAACCCCCAGGACGUGCUGGACCUUGUGGACAGCAUCAUCGAUGUGGGGUUCGUGAAAGGCCGAGUGCAUGCCGUAGGCGUGGAAGUUGAAAGCCAGCACGUGAGGGACUGGAACUCCAAUCUCUUCGCUUCGGCCAACGGGGGCCUCGGCUCCAUGGAGCCGGAUCUCCUCAAGGUGACCAGCAUCUGCGGCUCUCACACCAACUCGGGCCUUGCGACUUUUCCGCGAUGCCGUGCCACACUCCAACGAGCUCGUGUGUACCGGGGGGCGAUUGAGCAUGGAGAUGCUGAAAACUCGCGUGCCCGAAAUCCUCGAACCGGUCUCCAGGCUUCGGGCCAGACCCCCUCGUUUGCUUCUCUGAAGAAGCAGAUAUUGGCUUCGAAACCGAAGUGCGGGGUAUCCGUCCCUCACAUGUACUCCUACUGCCUGAAGUGCAGCGGGGGCCAAGAGGCCGUACAUCUCAAAGAAACGGAGCUCUUUGUGCGGGCAUGCUGCCCUUCCUCAAGACAGCUGGGGCCGGAUCUCUGGCAGGCUUUGGCCAUGGAGAUCAAGGGGCACAGCUCCGAGGCCGUUGCUUGUUUUUGCAACGGCCUGGUCAAGUCGGCAUAUGUGCGGCAAAACGUCUCUGUGGGGGACUGCCGGAAGCUCGCUGCGAACUUCACGAAGGUGAAAGAAGCAGACGAGGUCAUGUUGGCUGUGCGGGCCAUGCUAACAGAGCAACUCGGGGAGUGGAAGGAUGCCGGCCUGGUGAAGGCCCUUGCAACCAUGGACAUGUGCAUGUGCGGCAUGGUCCUUGGCUUGAAGCAGAAGGGCGAGAAGGACUACACGACCUUGCAGGCCGUGGCCCAUGAUUUCUGCCUUGUGGCCCAGGAGCUCACUGGGAGGACCCUUCCCUUGAAAUGGCAAGGCUUCGCCGAGGCAACAGCAGCACCUGCAGCGGCAAAGGCAUCGUCGUCGAGUGCACCGGUGCUGCUUGAGUUGGAUGAGCAUGGUGCAAUCAAGAAUCCGUUGGGUUUGCUGGAAUCCCGAGGCUAUGCAUUGGGCAGCAAUGUGAGGAGGCGAGCUGACAAGACCACUGGCAAGAUCCAAGAUGUGAAAGGCGGCCUUGUGUACAUCCAGUUGGACUCCGGCGACGUCGCGAAGGAAUCCAUUGACAAGAUUCUGGGCAACGAGUGGGCCGUCUUCACCCCCAAAAGUGAGGCAGAGGUACUGGAAGAUUUGAGCAUCUACAGCCCUUCAACGACUGUUGAGCUCCAGGCCUUCAUGCUCCAGGCAGAGAUCGCGAGGCAGCUUCAGAAACUUUUUGAUGAACAGUCCUCUGGCAUCGACAAGCUUGCCUUGCAAACGAAGCCCCAGAAGCAGCUUCAGGCCUCGCAGGACAUCCCCAAGGGAAAGGUGACAUUGGUGCCAUUGACGAGCAAGACCCUCCACAAGGGCUCCAGCCAAGCGAGCUGGUUCGAGGUGACGACGGACUGGACGAUGGAUGCGAGGAAGUUCUACCUGAGCUCCUCUUGUGUGCUGCCCAAGGAAGAUGAUGACAAGAUCAAGCCUCUCAUAGUCCCCCCGUUUUUCUUCGUGAACUACACAGAGGACGAGGACGAGGCCAACGUGAAGUUGCAGCCCAUGCAAGCAGAAAAGUCUUCCUCCAUCAAGAUCCCCGUCUUCAAAAGCACCAAGAAGAUUGCUGCCGGGGAGGUCGUUUUGUCCUUUAAGGCCAAGGACCUUAAAGCUCCACCCCUCCACCUCUCCCCCAGUGCGGCGAAGCGAUCGUCGUCCGGCGGAGUGGCAGUUGCAGCGAAGAAGAAAGCGAAGAAGUUCGCCAUGGCAGAGGAUCCAACUUUCGAAGUGGAGACUCGCAAGAUCAUCUUUUUCGGCAAGCAUGAGUGGUGCCCCACUCAGAAAAUAGUCGAGGAGCGGACCUUUUUCUCCUUCACGAAGUGGUCUGCACAGCUGACUCGCAUGAUGACCGGCAAGCGACUUCAGCUUGGGGGUGGGCGGGCUGCAGAAAGUGGUUCCUUGAACGUGCCAGUGAUCGGCAAGAUCUUGGAAGCCCGGCAGUCGGCCUGCGACAAAGCCCUUGAGGAAGCUCUGAAAGUCGAGGAUGGGUCGGGCGACGAGGAUGAGAAGCCGAAGAAGAAAGCCAAGAAAACCAUUCGAAGGUCAUCGGCCAAGGACCUCCACCUCCUUCCUGAAAUAGUGGACGUUUCGGUGGCUGAAUUCCAGAUGUCCUUGCUUUCGGAGGGGCUGUCGACUGGAACGAUCUGGAUGGAGCUCCGUCCCGAAAACCUCUCCUGGCUCAAGUCUUGUGUCGACAAGGAAGAGGCAAAGCCUCGUCAGAAGAAGGGGGCUGGGUCCUGUUUUGCCAUGCUGGCUUUCGGCUUUUUGGAUGGCCACCUGCCAACGGCGGAGGAGGCGGAGAGCUUCGAAGCCUGCGGCCUCAUGGAGCCGUUCACGAACAAGGCCAAGGGCAAGUGGUACAACGACAAAGGAGCCGGGAUCAGCUGGUCCGCCACCAUGGGGUGGAAGGUCCUGGGUGCUGGAGGAGAGAUCUUGUGGACCCACCCGGAGAAGCAGCGGGAGGAUGUGCCGACCAGUGGCUGGGUCUACUGGGACGGCACACCCGGUGCGAUCUGUGUGGAAGGCACAUCUUAA